GUACCUGCUGGUGGCGGUAAUGCUUUUCCCACCGCCAAUAAAAAUCAGGAAGAAGUAUGUUGUUACGCGCAGAUGUGUGUUUUUGGUCUGUUUUGUAUUUAAUAUACUCUUAAGUCCAUGGAGUCAGCGAGACCUGCUCUUUACGCAGCAGGCUCGUCAGCAGACAUGACGCGGAGCACAGAGGAGGACUCUCUGGUGGACGGACCACUGAUCUCCGCUGAUGCCCUCCAGUCUGCCAUGAGGAGAGAGUUUCAGUCCGUGACAACAGCCUGUCCUGCUGGUUUCCUGUCUCUAAUGCACGUUGUGUACGUGGCGCUGUCCUUUUGUGUGGGCGUGUUGUGCGUGCUGAAGUUCGGCCAGGAGGAGGUGUGCUCGCGGAUUUUGGGCAGCGUGCAGGGCGACAGGGUCAUCGUGUUCGGGAAGGUGUUCCUGUGGGUGCUGAUGCUGCUGCUCACCGUCUGGAUGCACCACCAGCACAGCCGCGCCCGCGGCCGGGGAUACCUGAGCUUCUACAGGCAGACGCAGAGGCUCAAGCAACUGCCGCUCGUCAUACAUUCAACAGGUAAUGUUCUGCUGCUGCUGCUCCUGGCGUUGAGGUUUCCUCAGACGAUCCACGCCUCUGUGAUGCUCAGCAUUCUGGGUGUUGAAGUUCUGGUGGCCGUGCCAUGCCUCCUUUACUACACAGUCAAAGUAAUGCAGUUCAACAGACAGCGAGCUGCACCAGACGUGAGCCAAGAGGAGCAUUCACACACAUACAGCGUCACAAGCCUGCCGACAGAGACCGGCUUCAGAGGCUUGUCCGGUCUGGAGGAGGUGGUGGAGAAGCAGGCCGACCUCAUAGAGUACCUGAAACAGCACAACACGUUACUGAGCAAGAGGCUGCUCAACCUCACCGCUCAGCACUGAGCUCACCCUGCUGAUGAAAGCCUCCAGCUCUCAGGAGGAAGAUCGCUCCACCGCUCUGAGAGGAGAGCCGAAGGAAUAAAGUGGAGCAAACACACCUGUUCACACACACCGAGCCGGCCGGCUCCACCGCCAAGGCCUCCGCACCCGAGAUGGACUGAUAACGCAGGAGGAAGAGGAAGAUGGAAGGUGAAGGGAGGAGAUGGAGUCGUGGGUCACAGAUCUGAGGUGACGGAGGUUUUUAUCUCUGCUCUACAAGCUUCACUGACCUCUGACCUCUGGUCUGUUCCUCUGAAAGCAACAGAGCAGUAAGAGCUUCUGCACAAAGGACAGAGAGGUUAUCAUCUACCUGGGUCAACAUGCACUGUUUAUCGCUCGCAUUACUUUUCUUACAUGUUUUGUCGUUAAGUCUGUGAAUCAAUAAAAUCUUUGAUUUUUCUUA